GGAAGUGUACGGGAAGGAGCAGAGUCCGUCUUGCGUCUUUAUUUGUUUACAACGACAUAGUGGAAAAAAAUAACUAUACGCGCUACCAUAUCGGAAUUCUUAUGAGAAAUAACGGCGUAACUCGCUUUAUUUAAUAUGUGAGAGAGAGAGGCAGAGAGGAGGAGCUGGACUGAGUUCUUGUCGGUGAGCCGUUCCGGUGAAGAAUGCGAGAAGAAUGAAGCCGGUAACCAGGAGAGAUGCCGGAGUCUGGCAUCAAACCAAGAGCCUGCUCCACAAGAACGUGCUGAUCAAAUGGAGAACCAAGCAGCAGAGCCUGCAGGAGCUGAUUCUGCCCCUGGUGCUGCUGGGUCUCCUCAUCGUCAUCAGCACCAUGAACCCCCACGUCUACUACAGCGGCUUCCAGACGACCGAGUUGCACCGGGACGGAGAGCUGUCCUUCAAGACCCUGGGCUACACCCCCAUCAGCAACGUCACCAACCACAUCAUGGAGGAGGUGGCCAGCUCCCUGCGGGUGGACCUGGAGAUGUUCUCCAGCGAGGAGGACAUGGAGAACGCCAGCCUCUACGAGCCAUCCACCUUCGUCGGCGUGGUCUUCCUCGACGGGACGUCCUACCGCCUGCGCUUCCCCUACAACGAGCUGCCCCUUCCCAGCGACUACACCGAGUCCCUCGCCAGCUGUUUUGAAGACUCUGUGACCUGCAGGGCGGCUAACUACUGGUAUUCCGGCUUCGUCCGGUUGCAGGCCUUCAUCGACGCCUCCAUUAUACAGAUGCAGACGAAGCAGGACGUGUGGAACGUGAUGUCGGGCCUGCGCGUGGUCAUGAUGGGGCAGCCUGGCUCGGUGGAGAUGCAGACGUUCUCCCACGCCGUCAGCUCCAUCUACCUGGUGCUGGCGUUCACACCCUUCGUCUCCUUCCUCAUCGCCAACGUGGCGGCCGAGAAGGAGCACCGGCUCAAGGACACUAUGGGGAUGAUGGGACUGUACGACUCCGCCUUCUGGCUGUCCUGGGGGCUCUUGUACGCUGCCUUGGUCACCACCAUGUCUAUCCUGAUGUCCAUCAUCGCCACCUGCACCGCCCUCUUCCCCAACAGUGACUUUCUGCUCAUCUUCCUGCUCAUCUUCCUGUAUGGGAUAUCCUCAAUCUUCUUCUCCUUCAUGGUGACGCCUCUGUUUAAGAAGCCUAAGUUUGCGAGCACGGUGGGCUCCAUGCUGACCGUGGUGCUGGGCUGCCUCUCUCUCUUCACUGUGUUCAUCAAAGACUUCCCCCAGCCGCUGGUCUGGGUUCUGUGCCUGCUGUCCCCGAGUGCCUUCUCCAUCGGCAUCGCCCAGGUGGUGUACCUGGAGGCCCAUGGGGAUGGCGCGGUGUUCUCCACCCUGACCAGCGGCCCGCACCCCCUCUACACACCCCUGCUGAUGCUGGCCUUGGACAGCGCCCUCUACCUGUUGCUGGCCUUAUACCUGGACCAAGUGCUGCCUGGCGAGUUCGGCAUGCGCCGGUCCCUCCUCUACUUCCUGAAGCCGUCCUAUUGGUCGAAGCGCAGGAAGCGCUACGCGGAGGUCAGCUCGGUGUGCGAGAGCGAGGUGAACGGGGGUCCCGUCUUCGACGAGUGCGUCGAGCCCGUGUCCCCCGAGUUCAGGGGGAAGGAGGCCAUCAGGAUCAACAGCAUCCGGAAGGUGUACAAUGAGAAGGACAGCACCGUGGAAGCCCUCAGAGGCUUAACGUUUGACAUCUACGAGGGUCAGAUCACGGCCCUCCUGGGUCACAGCGGGGCGGGGAAAUCCACCCUGAUGAACAUCCUGUGCGGGAUCUGCCCCCCCACGGAAGGCACGGCCACCAUCUACGGCUCUCCGGUGUGCGAGAUGGCGGAGGGGGUGGAGCUGCGCAGGCUAGUGGGCAUCUGCCCGCAGUUCAACAUCAUGUUCGACGUGCUGACCGUCGAGGAGCACCUCCGCAUCUUCGCCGCCAUCAAAGGCAUCCCCGCCGCCGACAUCGACGCCGAGGUGACCAAAGUGCUGCGUGACCUGGACCUGGAGAAGAUCAUGGACGCCCAGGCAAAGAACCUGAGUGGCGGCCAGAAGAGGAAGCUGUGUGUGGGAAUCGCUAUUCUGGGAGACCCCAAGAUCCUGCUGUUGGACGAGCCCACGGCGGGCAUGGACCCCUGCUCCCGGCACCAGGUGUGGACCCUGUUGAAGAGCCGCAGGGAGGGCCGGGUCACCGUGAUCAGCACGCACUACAUGGACGAGGCCGACAUCCUGGCAGAUCGCAAAGCCGUGAUCUCUCAGGGCAAGCUCAGGUGUGUGGGCUCCUCUCUCUACCUCAAGACUAAGUGUGGAGUUGGCUACCACCUCAGGAUGUCGGUGAGCGAGGCCUGCGAUGUCGACCGCAUCACCCCGCUGGUCCAGCAGCACGUCCCCAAGGCGCAGUUGUCACGGCGACAGGAGGCGGAGCUCAUGUACACGCUGCCGUUCGAGAGCGUGAGCGCGUUCGCAGGUCUCUUCUCUGACCUGGACUGCCGGCCUGACCUGGGCAUCACUAACUACGGGGUUUCCAUGACGACCCUGGAGGACGUCUUCCUGCGGCUGGAGGCAGAGGCGGAGGUGGACCAAGCAGACUACAGCGUGUUCAACCAGGAGCAGGCGGAAGGGGACGAGGGCGACGCCUUCUCAUUGGACGACAGCGACACCGACGAGCGCCUGCUCGCCUUCUCCGAGGCCCGGCCCGAGGCGGUGACUGGCCACGCCCUGUGGCGGCAGCAGUUCGGCACCGUGGCCCGGCUGCACCUGCUCAACCUGCAGCGGCAGAACCCCGUCAUCUACGUCCUGGCCCUGUUCGGGACCUUCCUGGCCUGCGUGUUGCUCCUCUCCCUGAUCACCGGGAACAUCCAGAUCCACGCCCCGGACCGCCAGUUCCGCCCCAUCUACCUGCUGCGCCGAGACCAGCCGCCCAGGAAGUACGCCACCAGCCUGUUGCUGCUCAACUCCACUGACUCCGAUAUCUCCGAGUUCGUCCGCAGCGUGGAGGCGCAGGACAUCAAAGUGGAGCUGGCGAAGGAGGCGGACUACAUGGCGAUUGCUCCCCACAGCGCCGCCAUCAAAGUGGCCGGGACCAGCAAGAGUCUGGAGUAUCACGUGGCCUUCAACAGCACCACCGUGCACUCUCUGCCCAUGGUGGUGAACGUGCUGAGCAACGCCCUGCUCCACAGCCACAACGGGACCGGACACAUCAACACCUGGACCAAGCCCUUCGAGUUUCAAAUGCCGGACUCCAUGUCGUACGCGCUGGUGUACAUCGAGACGGUGCUGCUGGGUAUGCUGGCUGCCGGGACGCCCGCCUACUUCGCCAUGGAGCACACCCGCGACCGAGAGAUAAAGUGCCGGUCCACGCUGCGGAUCUCGGGCCUGGUACCCUCGGCGUACUGGUGCGGCCAGGCGGCGGUGGACGUGCCGUUUUACUACCUGAUCCUGACCUGCAUGAUCAGCACCCUGUUCGCCUUCCACUCCACCGACCUGCUGUACUCCAGCGCCGUCACCUCCGCGAUCCUGUGUGUGAUUGGCUCCGGCCCUGCCAUGAUCCUCUUCACCUACGUCAUCUCUUUCAUGUUCACGCGGGUGCAGAGCAACCGCGACUUCUUCUCCGUGGUGUCCAUGAUGGCGUGCAUGGUGUCGGCCUCCAUCGUGCAGCUAGCCUUCAUCAACAACAACGUGGUGCUGUCCCGAAUCCUGCACAACACCCUCUGCUUCCUCAACCCCCUCUACCCCCUCAUGGGCUGCCUCAACUGCAUCACCAAGGCCACCUUCCUGUCCUCCAUCUACGAAGGAGACAGCUUCCUGUGGAAGGCCCAGCUCAUCGCCGUGGUAGCGCCCUACCUGCAGUGCAUCCUGCUGCUCUUCCUGCUCCGCUGGCUGGAGAUCCGCUGCGGGGGGACCACCAUGAAGAACGACCAGCUCUGCAGGAUCCGCUCCAGACAGGCAGGGGGCAGCAGAGUGCAGAGGAACCUGGAGGAGUCGGAGAACGAGGACGAGGAUGUGCAGGCGGAGAGGGCCCGGGUCAAGGAGGCGCUCACCUGCCAGUCCUGCCAGGAGAAGCCAGUGGUGGUGGUGAGUAACUUGAGAAAGGUGUACUUUGGGCGGAAGGAAGAGUCAGUUUUCAACAAGAAGAUGAAGGUGGCCACCAAGAACAUCUCCUUCUGCGUCCGCAAAGGUGAGGUGCUGGGUCUGCUUGGUCCUAACGGUGCGGGGAAGAGCACCAUUAUGCACAUGCUGGCUGGAGACUCGGAUCCGUCCGCGGGACAGGUGCUGAUGGGAGAUUACAGCACGGAGUUCCGGCCGGCGGAGAACCUGCUGGAGCACAUCGGUUACUGUCCCCAGGUCAGUCCGCUGUGGCCCAAGAUCACCCUGCAGGAGCACCUGGAGAUCUAUGCUGCCAUCAAGGGCCUCCGCCCCGAUGACAUCCCCAACACCAUCAGACGGGUGGUGAAUGCACUGGAGCUGAAGGAGCACCUGCACAAGAGGGCCAAGGACCUGUCCGCCGGCAUCAAGAGGAAGCUGUGCUUUGCACUGAGCAUGCUGGGAAAUCCUCAGAUCGUGCUCCUGGACGAGCCGUCGACGGGCAUGGAUCCCAAAUCCAAGCAGCGAAUGUGGAGGGCAAUACGUGCGGCUUUCAAGAACCGGCAGCGGGGGGCCAUCCUGACCACCCACUACAUGGAGGAGGCGGAGGCCGUGUGCGACCGGGUGGCCAUCGUGGUGUCGGGGGAGCUGAGGUGCAUCGGGUCCAUCCAGCACUUGAAGGGGAGGUACGGGCGGGGCUAUAGCCUGGAGGUGAAGCUGCGGGAGGAGCUGACAGGCCUCCAGCGGGGGGCCCAGCUGCACGAGGAGAUCCUGAGAACCUUCCCCCACGCCGUGCGGCAGGACAGCUUUGCCACCCUGAUGGUGUACAGGAUUCCCAUGGAGGAUGUAAAGUCUCUGUCCAAAGCUUUCUCCCAGCUGGAGAGCGCAAAGCAAACCUUCAACUUUGAGGAGUACAACUUCUCCCAGUGUACCCUAGGGCAGGUGUUCAUGGAGUUUGCGAAGGAGCAGGAGAACGAGGAGGAGGUGGGGUCUCUCAGCACCACCUUCCAGUGGCAGAGACUGAGGCAGGAGGGGCCAGUUCCAGCCAGCCAAUCCGACAGCAUCGUGCACCAGCUGUGACCCCUCCCCCUCCGCCGCACCCCACCCCGCCACGCUCCGCCCGCCUCCGCCCACGACCCUGCCCCGACCCCCUCGCACCCGCGCCAGGGCUCCGAAUCUCAGGCCAGAUGGGAAGUGAGCGCCCCCUGCUGGUGUUUCCUCUGAGCUGCACCGAUGGACAGCCCCUCCCUCUCCACAGAGACCUGCCUGCUGCACCUGCUCCCAUUUAUCAACUACCAGCCCCUACACACACACACACACACGUGCACACACUCACACACUCACACACACACUCACACGCACAC